AAAAAAAAAAAAAAAAAAAAAAGGCGAGCUUUUGUGUCGGCUGGGUUGUUAUUACUAUGGUGCUUUGCGUUGCGGAUUCACACUUUUAUUUUUAAGUGAAGCACUCGUUUAAUAGCAGCAGUGCAAUGCAGACCCUGACUCCUCGCGUGUACUGGGCGCAGAGGCACAAAGAGAUCUACCUGAGGGUUGAGCUGAGUGACGUGCAGGAUCUUGAUGUCAGUAUCAAAGAACAUGUUCUGCAUUUUACAGCACAGGGACAUGGAGCUAAAGGCAGUAAUGAAUAUAAGUUCAGCCUGGAGUUCCUGGAGCCAGUAAAGCAUGAGCCUGUGUUUAAAGUAACGCAGAGAGAGGUGAACAUCACAGUACAGAAAGUGGAAAGUCAGUGGUGGGAAAGACUGACUUGGCAGAUGAAGAAGCCUGUAUUCCUCGCACCAGAUUUUGAUCGCUGGCUCGAUGAAUCAGACGCAGAACUGGAACUUAAAGAAAAGCAAGACCAGAUUACCAAAAUCAGCAUGGAUUCAAGGGUUCCACGUGAUAAUUUCCACAACCUGAAGAGAGGAUACCUGUUCAUGUACAAUCUGGUGCAGUUCCUGGGCUUCUCCUGGAUCUUUGUGAACAUGACAGUGCGGCUCUUCAUCCUGGGCCAAGAUUCCUUCUACGACACGUUCCACUCGAUUGCAGACAUGAUGUAUUUCUGUCAGAUUCUGGCUGUUGCUGAAGUUGUCAAUCCUGCCAUAGGGCUGGUCAAGACAGGUGUGAUCCCUGCAAUGAUACAGGUUGUUGGGAGGAAUGUAAUACUUUUUGUCAUCUUUGGGAGUCUGGAAGAGAUGCAGAACAAAGCUGUGGUGUUCUUUGUUUUUUAUCUGUGGAGCAUGAUUGAAAUUUUCAGGUAUCCCUUCUACAUGCUGUGCUGCAUCGACACAGAGUGGAAGACCCUGACCUGGCUGCGCUACACCAUCUGGAUACCGCUGUACCCUCUCGGAGUGGUGGCGGAAGCUGUUGCAGUUGUACAGUCUUUAGCGAUCUUUAAUAGAACGAGACUGUUCAGUAUCACCCUGCCAUGGCCUCUCAGGAUGUCGAUCAGCUUUGCAUUGAUCUUGCAGAUCUACCUUGUACUCAUGUUUCUGGGGCUGUUUAUCAAUUUCCGUCAUCUCCUCAAACAAAGGAGAAAGCGAUUCAGAACAAAGAAAAGAAAGACAAACUAAUCCUGCAAACCAUACCGUCAUGAGCCAGAUGCCUUUUUAUGAAAACUAACAAGAGUCUGUACCUACCCUCCCCUCCUGUGUGUAGGAACUGUAGUUUAUAGUAAUGUUUGCAUGUUAGCAGUGUUUAAAAUAGAAAGUGUAAAAAAUUCAAAAUACUGUACUGUCUCGUUGUUCCUGUUUAGACCCGUGGAACUAAGGAAGCUUUGACGCAGCCUGUGUGUAAAGCGCAGUGUGAUUUAGAGCUUCCUUUUUAUUGCACACGCCAUCGUUCAGUUUCAGUUCUGUACCCUUUCAGUCAUUCUGUCUGUUCCCACUUCACAGAGACUAGAUGGUUAAUAUGAGUGCUGGCAGAGUGCACUGGGCUCGGUAGGGAAAUCUCCUGGCUUUAGUUUCAGGUUACAUUACCUGUUGUCUUUCUUAGCUUGAUUUGCGUGUCUAAGCUAGUCCAGGCUCGGUACAAGUGUUGCAAAAUACAGACUUGCCUUAACCUGGACUUGAGUCACCAGCUGCUAGUGCACCCUGCACACAAUAUGUCAGUAUUCCUGUAAUAAGUUCCAACAACUGCCAAUACUGAUAAAAAAUAACACUUUGCUGCAUUAAAAAUAAAUAUAAUACUGUACUACACUACCACAAAUAACUAAUGCAAGCUCUGUUUAUGUAAAAUCAAUACUAUAUAGGCAAAAAAGCAUGAGCUGCACAAUUGAAGACAGAAGGGUGUUUAAUCUCUUUCUGUGUCGGGGAGAUGGAAUGCAUUUAUCUGAGGGCUAAAUUCUAAAGCUGAAAUGCCAUGGCCGCUGGAAUGCAGCGCAGUGUGUGUUUGAUAAUGUGACAGAGAUGAAAGGCUACCAUGUUCUUUGACAUGCAUGUAUUUCAUAUCAGAAGGCCAAGGAUGUUUUAAAUUAAGUUAAAACUUUUUUUUUUUCUUUUUUUGUGCAGUUUUAAUUAUUAUAUUUAGAGUAUUUGUUUAAAACAUCAACAAGAUGUUUUUUAUUUUACACAUUUCAAAAACUAGCACGAGAGAGGCUACUCUCGGGUUCACAGGAGGGUUUUUAACUGCACAGGAAGCGUCUCUGCUAAAUGGUGUUGAAGGCUUAUGGUUUUAUUGAAUGUGUGGACAGCACAAGUAUGUGUUUAUUACGACCAAAAAUAAAGAUUUGAACAUGA